UCUACAAGAAGGAGCUCUUGAAACACUUGAACACUAGACACGGCAUGCACACAGCUAUAAUUUUCCUAUUGUUGACCACAUUCUGUGGUUUAAGCUGCGGUGAUUGGCGUCCGGUGGGUCAGGGCGACCCUCUCAUCGAUCCCACUCACGUCUACAACCCUCCGCACGUCCAACACGUCCGUUACUGGCUCAAAGCACCUUCCUUGUCCCUGGAGCCUCCACCGAGCAGGGUGAGCGAGGUCAGCCAAGUAGCAGGAUGGCCUCAGAUAUCGUCGCACUACGAAGCCACGCCGACGACAACGAUUAUAUCCAUUACCUCAACUUCGCCACCACCGACUACCACCACUUCUAACUCGUUUUUCUUUACGAAUUUUAUUACGAGGCAGACUUCGACGACAAGCACGACGACUACACCCCCGCCUCCGAUGACUUUCGUCAUACAGGGUCAUUCCAAAGUCAAGAAAUACGGGCCCCUGCCGGAGUCUAUAAACAGUAUUCAUUCAGUCAACCACAACCACCUCACCAGCACCAAAAUCAUCGCGUGAUCAGUUAAUACAAAAGUUCUUCUCAGUUACCACAAAACGAAAGUAUUUUAUUGAAGCAUAUAUACGUGGAGUUGUCUAUGUAUGUAAUGUCUAAUGUACAUUCUACCUAAUAUAUUGGCAUAAUUUGUUUCUGUUA